ACUGCAGCCAACCAAGGAGAGGAAAACGACCAAAGCUGUUGGGAAUGUUGAUGCUAUGGUACCAGUAGUACACGUCGAACCUGACUCCAGUGCAACUACAUGCAAUAGUACCGGUACUAGUAGUAGCACAAUUCUGGAAUUGGCAUUGAAGGGCUCAUUGACAAAACUGCAACAGCGAUUCUCUCCAGCCCAGAUAUUGAAUGCCAACGAUGGACACGAUGGCACUGCCUUGCAUUAUGCCGCUGGUGGAGGGCAUUUGGCGACCGUUCGCUAUUUGAUGGAAACCGUUGGUUUGGAUGCACUUGCCGUGUGUCAACGAAAUGGUCGAACGGCACUUCAUUGGGCCGCUCGGAAUGGCCACAAUACUGUCUGCCACUAUCUGGUCGUUCCAGCUGGCAUACACGUAGACGUACUGGCCAAAGGAGAAGUGACGCCUCUGCAGUUGGCCAUUUGGCAGUGUCAUUUGGAGACGGCACAAUUAUUGGAGCGAUUGGGAGCCAAUGUUCACUAUGUCAAUCAGUGGGGAUGUGGAUUGGCUCAUUGGUUGGCCAAAUACCCUCUUUUAAGAAAUACACAACCAUCACAAAAAGAAGAAGAACAGAGAAUACGGGAGACCUGCAAAUGGCUGUUUGAAACUCAUGGCGUUGCUUGUGAUGGUCCCAACAAUCAUGGACAAACUCCUCUGCACAAGGCUGCCUAUGCGGGCAAUCUAAAAGUGGUACAAUACCUUGUGAUCCAAAAAGGUCAAAUGGACAAUCGACGCGACCAUCAAGGAAAUUCGGCAGCCGAUUGUGCGGAACGGACACAAUCCCAUACGACGGCCAAAUGGCUGCGACAAUACGCCUCCCCCAUUCUAUUCCAAUCACUCGAAACGUUGGGGUUACAACUGCAGCAACUACAGCAUUCACGAGAACAGCCACCACUGCCACCCGACACCAAGACGAUUCGGACAACCUUUUUGAGACUGGCCACGCAAUUCCAUCCAGACCAUCAUCAUCCGUCAGACAGUGAAAUCUACCAUGAAAAAUGGAGCUCUAUACAACAAGCGUACACACUGCUCAUGUGUUGGUGGGACAAUCCGGAGAGUUGGGACGUACAAAUUCGAUUCCUGUCCAGGAAUCAGGCUCUCCAGGAAUGGCCCCGCGUAAAGUGGACCGAGGAAUGGCACCAGCAGCAACAGCAACAAAAUGCCAUCCACCACCACCAACAACAGCAAACCUCCACAAUUCACACUCAUGAUAAUGACGAUGACGGUGAUCUACUACUACUACUACAAGACUUUGAAACCAAAUUGCUGCGACUGUUACUACACACACCGCAACAACAAGUGGCGUUGGCACAAUUGCCACAUGAAUAUGCCAAAAAUUGGCAUCAACCGUUACCCAAACCCAAACACUAUGGAUGUCGAAAGCUCAUUCAUUUGUUGCAGAGAUAUUGUCCGCAUGUACAGGUGGAAUUUGUGGAUAGCCAUACAAAGCAUGCCAUUGUCAAGCCAGCAACAGUAAGUUAG